UGGCCAGAGACUCGAAAGUCUUAUCACCGAUCCCAAUUUCACAAGUAAUUUAUCAAAGAAUUAAUAAUUAAAAGAAAUGGAGGCACCACCUGCAUGUCCUGGCGUUGAAAGCGAGCAGGCAGGCAAAGUGAGCGCCUGCGCCGGUUGCCCCAAUCAGAGCAUCUGCAGCGAUCCCAGCAAGAAACUCGAAGAUCCAGGGAAGGCUUUGGUGGCCGAAGCACUCAGAGAUGUAAAGAACAAGCUGCUGAUCCUCUCCGGGAAGGGAGGCGUGGGCAAGAGCACUGUUACCAGCCUGCUGACACGCUAUCUGGCUAGGAGUUGUCCGGACAGCAAUUUCGGCGUCCUUGACGUCGAUAUCUGUGGUCCAUCGCAGCCUCGGAUACUGGGCGCUUUGGGAGAGAACGUGCAUCAAUCUGGAUCCGGAUGGUCGCCUGUCGGCAUUGAUGACAACGUGUGCCUUAUGUCUAUCGGCUUCCUGCUAGGCUCCGUAGACGAUGCCAUCAUUUGGCGGGGACCAAAGAAGAAUGGCAUGAUUCGGCAGUUCCUCAGCGAGGUGGACUGGGGAAACCUGGAUCUAUUGCUGCUGGACACACCACCGGGCACCUCGGACGAGCCUUCUGUCAUUUCCUACAUGAAAGACGACAAUCAGCCGGAGUCCUUGCGAGCUAUUCUCGUGACAACGCCGCAGGAGGUGGCUCUCCUAGAUGUCCGCAAAGAGAUCAAUUUUUGCAAGAAGCAGAAGAUUCCCAUUGUGGGUGUGAUAGAGAAUAUGAGCAGCUUCCGCUGUGAAUGUGGCAAUAGUUCGGAAAUCUUUCCAGCCAAAACAGGCGGAGCUGCUGCCAUGUGCGCUGAGAUGGGUGUGCCACUGCUGGGUUCCUUGCCCCUUGAUCCACAAAUAGCGAAAGCCUGCGAUUCUGGCGAGGAUAUAACGGCCAUAAAAAACAAUACAACGGAGGCAUUGGAGGGGAUUUGCUCCAAGAUUAUGUCUAGUUUUAUGUCGUAGUAUCAAAAAUAAACUGUUAAAUAUGCUUAAUUUGUAUA